UCUAGUCUGUGAUUGCGUGUUGAAGCUUGAAAAACGUAAACACUGAAAGUGUUCAAGGUUUAUUCCUAUUGGAGACAUUAAUAAUUAAAUCUUAUCUUAUCAACUAAUUGAAAGCAACGUAAUUUCCAAUGAUAGUUAGAUUUCAAAGCUACAUUUCCUCCAAAAACGGGUUUGUUUGCAGUGUUUGUUGACUAUGAAAAUACCAGCUAUGAGGAUAAGUUGUGAUAAUUUUUGCCAGUCUACCAUGACGCUUUAGAUUAUAUUGAAAUUUGAAUUUACCAACGCAUUUAUCAUGCUAAAAGUAGGAUUACGGGUUGUAAGAGGCCCUGAUUGGAAAUGGCAGAUGCAGGAUGGCGGUGAGGGACAUUGCGGAACGGUUAUUGAGAUCGGCAAAUUGGGAAGCAAAGAAUCGCCCGACAAAACUGUUGUUGUCCAAUGGGACUCUGGUACCAGAACAAAUUAUCGGGUUGGAUUUGAAGGUGCUUAUGACCUGAGAAUAGUUGAUAACGCUCCGGCUGGUGUAUGUCACGCUACAAUAGUCUGCGAUGGCUGUAAGAAACAGGGUAUUGCAGGCAUACGCUAUAAGUGCACCAGGUGUUAUGACUACGACCUGUGUUUCCAAUGCUAUAUGUCAGAUCAACAUGAUAUCAACCACCCGUUUCAGAGAUUCGACACGGCUAAUUCCCUCGGGAUCGAUCUGCCUCCUCGAAGGGGCUCGACCAAGUUGCAACUGCAGGGCAUCUUUGUGGGGGCCAAAGUGGUCAGGGGAGCCAACUGGGAGUGGGGGAACCAAGAUGGCGGAGAAGGCAAGGAAGGCAUAGUCCUGGACGUGAAAGGCUGGGAGAACGAGUCUGUGCGUUCGGUGGUGAACGUGUCUUGGUCGACCUCUGGCUCCAUCAACGUCUACCGGCUGGGUCACAAGGGCAAGGUCGACCUCAAGUGUGUCAACACCACCUCGGGCGGAUAUUACUAUCGCCAACAUGUGCCUGUGCUAGGUCAAGGAGUAGACUUGGACGAGUUGGCAGAGUCGACCAACGCGCAGAAGCACUUGACCUUCAACCCAGGUGACAACGUCAAGGUCAUGAUGAGCGUGGACGCCCUCAAGCAGAUACAGGAGGGCCAUGGCGGAUGGAACCAGCGCAUGGAGACUUACAUAGGCGAGAUGGGCGUAGUGCACCGGGUGACGGACAGGGGUGACAUCCGUGUGAAGUACGAUGACGGCAACCGGUGGACGUUCCACCCGGGCGCACUCACCAAGAUAGACCGGCACCAGGUGGGCGACCUGGUGUGUCUCAUCACCGACCAGGCGCGCUGCAGGGAGCUGCAGAAGGGACACGGCGAUUGGGUCGACAAAACUCAAAACGGUCAGUUCAAAUUCAGAGCGUUGGGCAAAGUGGGUCGUAUCACGCAGAUCUACCCAGAUGGCGACCUUAGAGUGAAGGUAGACAAGGACAAAUAUACCCUGAAUCCUCUCUGCGUCACUCCCAUACCGAGGACAGCAGUUGAAGCCACUAACGAGGCCAACCUGUCCAGUCUGUUGGACAGUCAGUUGCGACUGGAUGGUGGUGGGGCGGGGCUGGGGGCGGGGCUGGGGGCGGUGCCCUGUGAGACGUUGCUCAGAGAGGCGGCGCACGGACAUGUCGACUUUGUGCGCGAAUUCCUGCUCAAACAUCCUGACAAGGCCAACCUGUCCAGUCUGUUGGACAGUCAGUUGCGACUGGAUGGUGGUGGGGCAGGGCUGGGGGCGGGGCUGGGGGCGGUGCCCUGUGAGACGUUGCUCAGAGAGGCGGCGCACGGACAUGUCGACUUUGUGCGCGAAUUCCUGCUCAAACAUCCUGACAAGGUGGACGUGCGCAGUGGCGGCAACAAGACAUGCCUGAUGGUCGCUUGUCACCAGGGUCAUAUGGACAUUGUGUGCUUACUGCUAUCGCAUCAGGCCAACAUUGAACUGGAGGAUGCUGAUGGCGACCGAGCACUGCACUACGCCACGUUUGGGAGUCAGCCGGACAUAAUUGAGUUGCUGUUGAACAGAGGUGCUGACAUCAACCAGGUCAACAAACAGCUGUGCUCGGCUCUGCAUAUAGCUGCCAACAAACAGCAUGUCAGCUGCACCCGAGUCCUGCUCAAGUACAGUGCCAACGUCAACAUACAGGAUUCGUACGGCGAUACACCACUGCACGACGCCAUAGGCAAGGAUAAUUUGUCGGAAAUAAUAGAGCUGCUGUGCAGUGUGCCUAGCAUUGACUUCUCACUGUACAACAAGCGGGGCUUUAACGUACUGCAUCAGGCGUCCAUUAAGGGAAACAAUUUUGCUACAGAGAAGAUCCUGGUGCGUUCGCGACAACUGGUGGACGAGAAGAAGGAGGAUGGCUUUGGGCCGCUGCAUCUGGCCUGCCUGAAUGGCCACAAGGCCACAGCCGAGACUCUGCUGGUCAAAGGCCAGGCGCACAUCGACAUACGCAACAACAAACAGCAGACGCCGCUGCUGCUAGCCGUGUCUCAGGGUCAUUGUGCGGUGAUUGAGCUGCUUGUGAGUGCCGGCUGUGACUUGGAGGCAGUGGAUGAGGAGGGGGACUCUGCCCUGCACAUUGUCCUCAUGAAGCGCAACUCGAUCAGCACCGAAAUACAGGAAGAACAGGCGCCCACCAUACAUGGCAUCUGGACACAGGUCUCGCCAUGCUACGAGGGCUAUUCGGUGGCGCUGGCCAUUGCCUGCUACCUGGUGCAGGAAGGCUGUCAGCUGGAUCGGCCCAACCUCGCCAACAAAACACCGCUUGAUUUGGUGGCCGACACCAACUUUGCUCAGAUUUUCAACCGAUACAUCAUCGGACAGAGGAGCUUGGCAGCCGACGAAGCAGCAGCAGCGGCAGCAGUUGAGGGGGAGACGAGUGGAGGCGAUGAUGAGUGUGGUGGGGGUGAAGGGGGUCGCAAGAAGCCGAAACCGGUCGAGUGUGUGUUCUGCUCGGAACUGUUUGACUCGCUGGUCAUCCUCGAACCGUGCAAGCAUCGUAUUGUGUGUGAAGAGUGCAGUUCGCGACUGAAAAAGUGCUUUCUCUGUCAUCGUAUCAUCGACAAACGCAUCACGCAAGACGGACGAGUGGUGGCGUUGAAAUCGAAACAGCCCAACCAGGAGCGCAUCCGCUAUUUGGAGAGCAAAAUGGUGGAGAUUGAGGAGAGCAUCAGCUGUCCCAUCUGUAUGGAGCGAAAACGCAACACUGUCUUCCUGUGCGGUCAUGUCGCCUGCGACAAAUGCUCGCAAACGUUGCAGACUUGCCACAUGUGUCGCAAGGAAAUCACAAAGCGCAUCAACAUCUAUUGAGUGAGACCGUUUACACGGUGCCACUAGAGUCGCAAGGGAUUACCAAGCGUAUCUACAUCUAUUGAAUCUUCGUUUACACGGUGCCACUAGAGUCGCAAGGGAUCAUCAAGCAUAUCUACAUCUAUUGAAUCCUCGUUUACACGGUGCCACUAGAGUCGCAAGGGAUCAUCAAGCAUAUCUACAUCUAUUGAAUCCUCGUUUACACGGUGCCACUACAGUCGCAAGUGAUCCUCAAGCAUAUCUACAUCUAUUGAAUCCUCGUUUACACGGUGCCACUACAGUCGCAAGGGAUCAUCAAGAAUAUCAACAUCUAUUAAGUGAUACCAUAGAGAAACAAUAGCGUAAGUAGAUAUCCCAUGGUAUAGGGCGUUUAUGUUGCAACUUUUACUGUUAUCUCAAACCGAUUACUGUCGAUUAUUGUCUAUUUUUACUGUUUUGUCGGGGU